AUGGUAGAUUUUUUAGCAAAAGUAACGGAAAUAAAUCCUCAAUCCGAUGGUAAUAAUAGUGAAGGUAACAUAAAGCCGCUUUCAAGUGGUUCAGAACAGCGAGCAUUGAAAGAGGAGGGACAACAAGGCGGCAGAAGACAUCACCGGCGGUUGUCCUCUAUGCAUGAGUAUUUUGACCCGUUCUCCAAUGCAGAUAUUUAUUAUGGACCAAUAACAGACCCGAGAAAACAGUCAAAAAUCCAUAGACUUAAUAGAACCAGAACUAUGAGUGUUUUCAAUAAAGUUUCUGACUUCAAAAAUGGCAUGAAGGACUAUACAUUGAAAAGGAGGGGUUCUGAAGACGACAGUUUCCUCAGUAGCCAAGGGAAUCGUAGAUUCUAUAUCGAUAAUGUAGACCUCGCGUUAGAUGAGCUACUGGCCAGUGAAGACACGGACAAAAACCACCAAAUUACUAUAGAAGAUACUGGUCCCAAAGUUAUUAAAGUCGGAACGGCAAAUUCCAACGGCUUCAAGCAUGUAAAUGUUAGAGGAACAUAUAUGCUUUCCAACCUGUUGCAAGAACUGACCAUUGCAAAAAGUUUCGGAAGACAUCAAAUAUUUCUGGAUGAGGCACGUAUAAAUGAAAAUCCAGUCGAUAGAUUAUCAAGAUUGAUAUCCACUCAAUUUUGGAAGAAUUUAACUAGAAGAGUUGAUCUUUAUAAUAUUGCAGAAAUUGCUAGGGACUCAAAAAUAGAUACGCCAGGUGCUAAAAAUCCAAGAAUUUAUGUUCCAUAUAACUGCCCAGAUCAGUAUGAAUUUUAUAUUCAGGCAUCUCAAAUGAACCCAUCCUUGAAACUGGAAGUUGAAUACCUACCAAAAGACAUUACCGCAGAAUACGUUAAAUCUUUAAAUGACACACCAGGAUUAUUAGCGUUAGCUAUGGAAGAGCACGUGAACCCAUCUACUGGUGAAAGGUCUCUAGUUGGUUAUCCUUAUGCGGUACCUGGCGGUAGGUUCAAUGAAUUGUAUGGCUGGGAUUCAUACUUGAUGGCGCUGGGACUCAUAGAAAGUAAUAAGGUUGACGUUGCGAGAGGUAUGGUGGAGCAUUUUAUAUUUGAAAUUGACCAUUAUAGUAAGAUUUUGAAUGCAAACAGAAGUUAUUAUCUUUGCAGGUCUCAACCUCCUUUCCUAACUGAUAUGGCUCUGCUCGUGUUUGAAAAGAUAGGAGGUGAAAACAAUCCAAACGCCAUACAGUUUCUUAAACGAGCAUUCAGAGCUGCUAUUAAAGAAUAUAAAGAAGUAUGGACUUCUGGUCCCAGGCUGGAUCCUAUCACGGGGCUUUCUCGUUACCAUCCCGAUGGUAUUGGUAUCCCUCCAGAAACUGAACCCGAUCACUUCGAUACUAUAUUACUACCGUAUGCUGAGAAGUACAAUGUUUCUCUGGAAAAGCUUAGACACCUUUAUAACGAAGGUAUAAUUAAAGAGCCUAAACUUGACGCAUUUUUCCUGCAUGACCGUGCUGUGAGAGAGUCAGGACAUGACACAACAUAUAGGUUUGAAGGUGUAUGUGCUUAUUUAGCAACAGUUGAUUUGAACUCUUUGCUUUAUAAAUAUGAAGUCGAUAUCGCUAACGUUAUUGAAGAAUAUUUCGGUGAUGAAUUUAAAGAUGAGAACGAUGGGACGGUAACCAAUUCUGAGCAUUGGAAGCAGUUAGCUGAAACAAGAAAGGAAAAGGUUAACGAGUAUAUGUGGGACGAAGAAUCAGGCUUUUUCUUCGAUUAUAAUACCAAACUAAAAUGUAGAACGUCAUAUGAGUCUGCAACGACCUUUUGGUGUCUAUGGGCCGGUCUUGCUACUGAAGAGCAAGCAAAAAUUACAGUAAAGAAAGUUCUUCCUCAGUUAGAAAUGCUUGGUGGAUUGGUUGCGUGCACAGAGAAAUCAAGAGGCCCCAUAUCUAUUGACAGACCGAUCAGGCAAUGGGACUAUCCUUUUGGCUGGGCACCUCAUCAAAUAUUAGCUUGGAAAGGCUUAUCUGCAUAUGGUUAUCAACAAGUGGCUACAAGGUUAGCUUAUAGGUGGCUAUACAUGAUUACAAAAUCAUUUGUUGACUAUAACGGAAUGGUAGUAGAAAAAUAUGAUGUAACAAGAGGAACUGAUCCGCAUCGCGUUGAUGCAGAAUAUGGCAACCAAGGUGCCGAUUUCAAGGGCGUUGCUACAGAAGGUUUUGGCUGGGUUAACACAAGUUAUUUGCUCGGAUUGAAGUACAUGAACAAUCAUGCAAGAAGAGCUCUCGCUGCUUGUAGUCCGCCACUUCCAUUUUUCAAUAGUUUAAAACCAUCCGAGAGAAAAUUAUACUACCUUUAA